UUUAUUGCAUUUACUUACCGGCAAUCCAUAAUAGCAUUCAUUAUCGUAUUACAGAUGAUCCUCUUCCUAGUACUAUCACAUGAGUACGCCCUUGGCAUAUACUUGACAAAUCUGACAAAACUGCUCGAGCAGCGGCUGCUUGGUGCUACUAAUCAUCAGGAUCAUCUCCCGGCAAUUGUCUUCAGAGAUCUCUCUUAUUUGCCUGAAAUUUAUAAUAAUCAAGAUGAUAAUAAUAAUUAUUUAUCUAUAAAUAAUCAAUUGCUCAGAAAUGACAGAAAUUUAUUACCUGAGUACCGUAAUCUUUGUGAAAUAAAGACUAAAAGAGUCCAAUUGGACGAUGAAGAGUUUGAGUAUCAGCCACCGCAUUACCACGAGGUUUAUUGCAAAAGUUACUCGCUGCUUGAAGAUACAGAGCUGGGUGUUGCUAAAAAAAGCAAACAGAUGUGUGCCCAUCCUGGUUUUCAGUGUGUUCAGCGGAGCCGCGUUCUGUCUAUGGUGAGACGCCGGUGGGCGAGUGGAUGCUGGGAACCUUUUACCAAAGAAAUUGCCAGCGGAUGUGAAUGCAUGUGGCCAGUUUCUACUCUGGGAGAUAUUUCCGCUCACUACUAA